GUCGGUGUUGCGGCCGCUGGACAAGCUGCCUGGCCUGAACACGGCCACCAUCUUGGUAGGCUCCCGCAGCCCCGGUUCCCCCGCCCGCCUCUUCUCCCAGGCUGAGCCUCAGCCUCCAGGCCCUCUGCGCUCUCUGAGCUGGUGGGCACGGAGGAUGCUGUUCUGCAGCAGCUGGCCGAUUCGAUGCUCAAGGAGGAUUGCACAUCGGAGCUGAAGGUCCACUUGGCAAAGUCCCUCCCUCUGCCCUCCAGUGUGAAUCGGCCCCGAAUUGACUUGAUUGUGUUUGUGGUCAACCUGCACAGCAAAUACAGCCUCCGGAAUGUGGAGGAGUCCCUGCAGCAUGUGGACGCCACCUUCUUCCUGGGGAAGGUGACCUUCCUUGCCACAGGUGCUGGGCGGGAGAGCCACUGCAGCAUUCACCGCAACACCGUUGUGAAGCUGGCCCACACCUACCGGAGCCCCCUGCUCUUCUGUGACCUGGAGAUGGGACCCGAGGCCCGCGGCACCCCUGAGGCGCCUGUCCCCGCAGGCUUUCCUCACAACAGGGGAGGUGAGAUGCGCUCAGCCACACAGCUGAUAGAAGACUUUCGAGCCACCGUGGCGCAGCGCCUGGCCCGGAUGCUGCAGAUCUGCGCUGGCCACGUGCCCGGCGUCUCGGCCCUGAACCUGCUGUCCCUGCUGAGGAGCUCCGAGAACCCCUCCCUGGAGGACCUGUGAGGGCCCCCAGCCCCCGGGCUGCGCCUCCCCACAGCUUGGUGCCCAGCUCAGGAAACAGUGACCGUUGCUGGAGACCGUGCCCGGGCUUGACAGGCCGGGGUCAGCAGGCAGUUCCCUCGGGGCCGAAGUCCCUGAGCUCCAGCAGGGAGUUCUGAGGCGGGGGCGGGGGGGCGGAGGGAGCCCAGCUGGUGGGACUCCAGCCCCUCCCCCUCCCAUGCUCACUCCAGCAGAGCCCCGGGGCUUCCUCCAUCUGACGUGUUACCUUUCCACUUAAGACUUCAGUUCCACUUAAGACCUCAAUUGAACAAAGGGCCCAUAGCUAAAAAAAGUUUGAAAAUCA